GGAAUGAGUUCAGAAAUACAAGAUGGGCAACAAUCAUUAGUUGAAAGGGUCCAAGAAGCAUACGAUUCAAUGGGGAGAGGUGCAAAUUUCAAUCGGAUAAUGAAAGGGGUUUUUCUUUUAAAAUAUUUUAUUUUAAAAAAUUUAAAGAUUCGUAGUUUGUCGGCAAAUAAUGAAGGGAAAUUAACUGCUGAAUUUACUGUUUUAGAAGAACAUGUUAAUGAUAAAGGAACAAUUUAUGGGGGAUUGUUGGCUGCUUUAGUGGAUGUUUUGACGGCAACUUGUGUUAAACUUGUACUUCCUGAAAGUCGAAUUGUUUCUAUUGAAUUGGCUGUUAGUUAUUUAUCUGCAGCAAAAAUCGGAGAAAAUGUUUUUAUCGAAGCUAAUUGUGUAAAAGCUGGAAAAUCAAUAGCAUUUACAAAUGCUUGUUUUUAUCGCCGUUCAGACAAUUUAAUAUUAAUUACAGCAAAACAACAAUUAGCUAUUUUAUCAGACAAAACAAGACAAGAAAAACCAAAAAUUAAUGGAAUUAUUGAAGAAAAGAAAAAAGAUUUAAAAAUUAUUUGGCCUUCUCUAGCUAUUGAUGGUGGUGGAAUUUAUUUGGAAAAAAUGAAGGGAAUAUUUGCUAGUAUGAGUGGAAAAAAUAAUUUUUACAAAAAUUUGAAAAAUAUUAAUGUUUUGUGUGCAGAACCUCCUUUUCUUGUAAUUUCAAUUAUUCUUGGUGAGGAACAUUUAAAUAAUGGAGGUACAUUGCAUGGGGGGUUUACUGCAUCAAUUGCUGAUUUAGUAACAUCUAGAGCCGUUCAAAUGACUGAAUCUUGUCCUCGUGUUUCUGUUGACCUUUCUGUUAGUUAUCUUUUGCCAGCAAAAAUUGGUGAAGAAAUUUUGGUGGAAGGAAAAUGUUUAAAAAUUGGGUGGAUGAUGGCUUUUACUGAGGCUACUUUUAUUAAAAAAUGUGAUGGAUCUAUUGUAGCAAAAGGUCGACAUAAUUUAUAUUUUCUUAGAAAUUUACAAAAUAAACAAGAAAAUAAUUUGAAUGAAAAAUAA